AUGACGCACACAGGCCAUAUCCCGCCUCAGCUCGGACAGCUUGGCGCCCUCCAGUACCUCUCCCUCUGUCGCAACAAGCUAGAUGGCCACAUCCCGCGCGGGCUAGGAGAUCUUGGCGCCCUCAAGAACCUCAACCUCGAUUUGAACAAGCUAGAGGGCCACAUCCCGCCUGAGCUAGGGGCUCUCAGCAAGCUGCGGAACCUGUGGCUCUCCAGCAACAAGCUUACAGGGUCCGUCCCUGCACAGUUCGUGAAGCUCUGCGGACUUGACGCCCUGCUUCUCGGCGGCAACCUGCUCAGCGGUCCGGUGCCCUCCUUGGGCGAGCUGAGGAUGCUCUACGCUGCGAUGGUUUACCCAGCGGGGUCGGCUCUAUCCACCAUGAUGCAGCAACGCACACCACACGGUAAAGACGAAGCAACGACAACUGAGGACCACCUGUACGACGAUCCGGACACACACAUCAACGCGAGGAUGGCAGCCAUGUUAGGACAAGACGAAACGGGAGCAGUCCAAGGAGCUCGAGAUGAUGAGACGAUGGUGGGAGAAAUGGCGGGUGCAGCAUUGGCGAAGAAGGGCGGAAGGACAACCGCCACGAGCGGGGAGACUGCCACCACGGGUGGGGAGCCAAGAUACAGUGAAGACAAGCGUCUCAAGAUCGGAACGACGCACACCUCGAGCCAGAUGUCAUCUCUUCAGGAUUUCAAGGGGGAUGUCGUGGCAUGGUCUUUCGGCAACCGCGCUGAGGUUCUCCGUAGUCCUGACUCGGAGUUUGAGCUCGAGGUGCAGCCUGGGCUGAAUAAAAACUACCCUGCCUUGGUCGGCCUCGGACUGUGCUCGGGGUCAGCAGAAUACGUCAACGGGGAGCAGUAUCUGCUUCAUUGCGUGCUGACGUGUCUCACCCGAGCUGGAGAAAAAUUCGACCCUCCGCUCCUUCUGCGGUUUCCCGUGGGAGACGAAGACUCCAUGGAAUCGGGUUCACUUGACGGCAGUCAAGAUGACGCCGAGGAGGCGUACCGUGCCCACCUUCAGUCCACCUUUUCGGCCGUCAAGCGAGACGAUGCUAGUUCAGAGUGGGUCCCGAUUGGUGGGGAUAUCGUGCGCAUGAAGGGAGGGCGUGAUUUCUUUUUGGAGGUGAAGAUAUCGCACUUUUGCGAUUUUGGUCUCUCCCAAGCGAUUGACGUUGAAGUAGGUUAUACUGAACUGAUCGAACUGCCUAAAAAAAUGUUUUCGAGCAGAAAGACGCACUACCACUUCGCGAAUCUCGGCACGAAACCCCUCGUGUUUCAUGUAUGGGGAGCUGGUCGGAAGGAAGUUUUCGUCAACGUUGUUAGGGCGAACGCAGCGGUCGACCUAGCCGGGGGGAGCGUCGGGGCAGAGAUGGAACGAACACUCGUCGACGUGCCUGGCAGCGGGCCAUACGAGGUGCACGUGCCUGGUGAAGCUGGCAGUGGCAGUAAGCCCCAGGUUUGCAGGAAGUUUGUUGACCUUGAGAAGCCUACUGUAGCGUGGACAACCCAGGAACGAAUUUCACCGUCAUCGGGUGUUGAAGGGCACCAGCUAGUUCAGGUCUGGGGCUCGACCCCGAUGCUGAGUGGGCACGUCCUCGUAGUCGGAGCUAUGGCGCCCGACGCGACCCCUGCAAUAGCAAACCUGAGAGUUGAUGAUGGUGAAGAUGUGGGUAGGCUCGUUUGGUCCAAGAAGGGCAACACUUAGAUGGUAGGCACGGUAGAUAAGGUGAAGUCGACUGCUGAAGCGUACCUUUUUGGCCCCGAUAGAUGCAAGAUUUACCUCACGACGGAUUUGAUCCAUGAGUGCUCACACGGAGCACGUUUUCGCACUGUUGUGGUGGUAUGUCAUAUAGAGUCGUUGGCGUGUUGCCAAAAGGUUUAUGACAACGUAUUUGACAGCAGCCUUUGUGGGACUCGUCGUUCGUUGAAUCGCUUCGAUAAACAACUGAUGUCUUCUGUCGGGUGAAAGGUACACAGCAACUGCGCCAUCCAUUCGUUUUCGUUUGUUUCCUUCCCUGGCGUGUUGUCGGCGAAAGAGAGUUAAUGGAAAGUGGUACGUAUAUCCAACCUCUUUGCGUCAAAGAAGAUCCACGAGAAUCCCCAAGUAGUAUGCGUUCUACUCCAUGCUGUUUGGGAAUUGCAGCUAUGGAGUUGCACGUGGCCCAAUUCUCGAUUGUGGGGCUUGCCUGUCUUGGUGUGGCGUGAGGAACUGAGGAACUGUGAGGUGAGUGCGGGCCUGUUUGCGACCGAAUGUAGUUUGUUCCGUUUAGCCAUGGGGGGUGCCCGUGUGAGUGUAGGGGUUAUCCCGGGGGUGGGGGGUGGAGCGUGGAAUAACUCGCCCCGUAGGGGGUACUUUGUCUCAAGCUGAGACGGUGUCGCUGCAAAACACAGCUUCACAAAGCCAUGUAGUGGUGAAUUUUGUAUAAUUUUCAUCCACGAGUCACAUCAG